AUGGCGACAGAGAGAAAAUGUUUCAGAGACCCUACCUCUGGAGAAAACGUGGAAGAGGGGCGAUCUGGUAAAUUACUCCAAAUUCUUUAUCUGCUGAGCCAAUCGGGACUAAUACUCCAAAGGAUAUGCCUAGCAAUUAUAUCUUUUGUAACUUCUGCCAAGUUUUAUCGUUUCAUCUUCAUUGCAUCUCUAGCUGCAAAUCUAAUGCUAUUUUAUCCUCUUUUCCCAGUGAGAAGGAGAGAGCUGGACUCACAUAUUCUGCAUGCCCCCUGCUUAAAAGGAUGGAUAGGAUUUGGAAGUAAAUGUUUUUAUUUUUCGGAAGACACAAGGAACUGGACAUUCAGUCAGACAUUCUGUAAUUCAUUGGAAGCUGUCCUUGCUCAGUUUGAAACUAAGGACGAGCUGAACUUCCUGAUAAGAUACAAAGGCCCUUUUAACCAUUGGAUUGGCCUUCAUAGAGAAUCAUCACAUCAUGUUUGGAAAUGGACAGACAACUCUAAAUAUAAUGCCUCGUUUGCCAUCACAGGAGAUGCAACCUGUGGCUACCUGAAUGACCUUGGAGUUAGCAGUGCCAGAAGUUAUACAGAUAGAAAAUGGAUUUGCAGCAAACAAAUAAUGUCUCCAUGUCCUUAA